CUACCAUCCUUUGUUUACCAUCACGAGUGAGCCUUUAAUGUGGUUGCCACAACAAUCAUAGCGUCUUUUUUUAGUUUCUUACAUAUGCGAAAAAGAAGCUAUGCGCACAUACUGUUGUCGACGAAAUUUCAUAAAGCUGAAUCUGCACCGCGCUGUGCCAAAUUGAGCCUGGAGAGGGCGAUGUCUGACAACAGCAACAGCACAGGCAGCAGCGGAUCCUCAACCAACAGCUGGACCCUCCUCUCCCCCGAGGAAGCUGCCAUUGAGAAUGUUGGGUUGGUAGACGAUGGCACAGAGAGCCUGGGUGACGUCCCAAGUCUCUCUGAGGAGGUGACAGGAGCUGCUUUGGAGUUCAAACCAAGUGACAUGUCAAUAGAAGCUGUCCUGUCUGAAGAAGGCCACCAGGUGUGUCAAGAGACUUCUCCAGAGUCUAGUGAGGGUCCCUUCCCUUCUAGUCCAGCCCAGAUGAGUCCUCUUCCACACAUCUCUCUUGACCCUCCAGACCUCGACACAGAGAGUCAACCGCCAGUCAUCCAUGACAUCGUAACUAGCUCCCCCAGUGACAACGAGCACCUAGGAGCCACACCCUUUGUCACCACCAUUGAUUUGGGGGCUCCGCUCGAUAUUCCUGCUGCUGAACUCCUGCCAGAGGAGCCUGAGGAGUCCUGCUCUGCUCCUCCCCUGACAGAGAUCCCUGUCACUGUAGAACAAGUGCUUGACAUGCCUGCUGAUAGUGGGUUGAUUCCUGCCAGCCCUGCUGGGGAGAGUCCUGUCUUCCCUGCUGAACCUGAGGUCAACAUCCCCGCAGAGACCCUUACAGCCGCUGAUCCUCCCUCUCAUGUUGAAGCUGAUAUCAGUUUUGCUCCAGAGAGUCCAGAGCCGCCAAGCCAAGUCCCGGAGAGCCUGCUGACAGAAAGCCCCAUCAGUGAUAGUCCUGCACCAGAGACUGUUGGUUCAGUAGGGGCAGAGGAAGAGGCAGCUGUGGAAGAGAAGAUGGAACCAUCUGAGACAGUGACACAGGAUGAGAGAGAAGAAGAAGAAGCGCCAUCCAGUAGUUUUGAUUUGGGCGACACAAGCAGCUUUGAUGACGGACUAAGGAGGAGGAAUGCUCCAUCCUUCGAGGCACCAAGACCAAGAACAUCAGAUGAGGAAGACGAGGAAGAGGAUGUGGAGUUCAAGCUGGCUGAGAAGAAAAAGGAAAAGGCAUGGCUCUCCUUGAACAAAUGCAUUGUGGGAGCUCUGAUCCUGCUUUUCUUAGGUUCCCUCUUCCUCUCAGGUUUCCUCUCUGACCUGGAUAAUGGUGACUUUGACGCCUCUAAUCUGAGUGAUGGAGAACAAAGUCAGGACUGGCUUAGCAGUGAUCCACAGGAUAUGAAAGAGCUAUUGGAUAAACUGACACAGGAAAACCAACAAAUCGCUCAGCUAGAGGCUCAACUACAGUCUCAAAAAGAAGAACUCGACUCAGCUCUGAUGGCAGUAGCAGCGAGCGGUGAUGGAAAGCGUCAAGCUGAUAUGGAAAAAGAAAACGCGAAGCUGAAGGAGGAGCUGUCAUCUCUGCCUGAGCUGAAGAAAGAGCUGGAGAGUCUGAGGACCAGGGUGACCGAACUCAGCCAGCUCACAACUGAUGAAAUGCCUCCGGCCACCUCAAGCUCAGCCCCUCAGCCUGGUGACCAAGAUGGUCAGAGUAACCAGAAAGCAGAUGGACCUGAGAGCAGGAAGGGGGGAGGAAAUCUGAAGGAAGAACUCCAGAGGCAGAAAGGUCUUUUGGAGGAGAGCAAGAAGAGACUGGAAGGGAUGAAAAAAGAUGGAGGCGGAAGGAAACGAGUGAGGGAUAGUUUGGAGGAGAUCCAGAAGACGCUUUCUGAGAAGGUUGAGAUGUGGAGUAAGAAGAAGCCAGAGGAGUCCAAAUGGAAAGGGAACAAGGGCAAAACCAAUGAGCGGGACCACUGGAAGAAGGAAGAAAAGAAAGAGUGGAGAGGAGAGAAAGAUUUGAAACACAGAAAAGAGGGAGGAUGGAGGGACAAAGACGAGAAGAAGGAGAAGGAGUGGAAGUCUCAGAAGCAAAACUCUCACAAAGAGGCGUGGAGGAAACACCAGGACGAGUGGGAGAGGAAGAAGGUGGAGCGCAGAAUGGACAGAGAGGAGAGGAGGAAGGAGAAACCGUGGCACAGCCGGCCUGGUAAGAACUCCCAUGACCAUAAUGAGCACCAGCAUCACCAACCCCAGCCCCGUCAGCCUCAUCAGCACGACCAAAACAGCUUCUGGAGAGACCAGGAGCAGAAGCUCAGACGCAACGUCCGACCCCAGCUGGGCUGCAGCUCUGUGGAGGACUGUGCCAGCAAGGAGGGGCUCUACCCAGUGGAGCUGUCCGAGUUUGAGGAACUGCUGGAGGGCUACCUGAGCAAGCUUGAAGGAUCGUCAUCUGAGGGCAAGGACAAGAUCAUGAAGCUGACCUCCGAGUUCUUUGAAGACGGCGUGUUUAUCCACGACAGGGUUCUCUUCAGUGACUUUGCGGAGGACGUGGCGGAUAUUCUGGAAGACAUGGUGGACAUUUUGGAGGAUGGUGGACGGAGGGACGACGACUCCCUGGAGGAGGAGAUGGAGGAGUUUGAACGAGAAGCCCUGUGGAAGUUUGCCGCCACAGCUUAAACAGACAAAAAGUGGAAAAGGAGUCAAAAACAACACUAAGACACAGCACAAGUGGUGUUUUUUUAGGACAUGUCUUGCCUACAUUCUCCUCUUCAGAGCUGUAAUUGUAGUAGCUUCUGGUACAGAGUGGUUGUGCCUCUCAUAAACGUGUCCCUCUCAGUCUUUAAUUAUAAGCUAGACUUGUACUUGUCAUUUUGGACUUAGUUAUUGUUACCUACCUCUGUCAGGUCAUGCUUCUAACGCGAAAUCCUUCAGUAAUGUGUUGUGCGGAUUUUCUUCUGCUGUAUAGUGUUUUCUCAAUGCGUAGUGCAUGUUGCAGUUCAUGAUGUAAAUUCAAUUUAAUAAUUUAAUAAUAUUCAGCUCACACAAACAAACCGAGCUUGAAAGAGAUAUUUGGUAUUGAGGUAUUUGCAAAUAGCACCAGCACCAGUGCAGUGGUUAAAUAUAUUCAUACAAUUCUUACAGUAUUAGAUAAGCUGUCAUUUAAAGAAAGACAUGUUAAACUGACGGUUAAAUACUUUUCUGUCAUUUGAUUCUCUGCCCUCUAUGUGAACACAACCUGCCACUCAAAACAGGUUUAAACAAAUGCUGAGAAAUAUUUUGCAGAUACCGUUUGCUUUAUUUCAGGUGUAACUGUCAAAUCCCAGAGGAUGAGAUCCCAGUUCUUUCAGUGAUAAGAAUCACAUCAGGUCAGUCCAGUUUUGUGUCAGCAGCUUUUUAGUAGAUUUGGGCAAAUGCACACGGUGCAAUUUGAGAGCCCUGGGCAUUUGGUUUCUCGGUUUGACAGACUUUUCACCACAGACUCCCAACUGUCAGAUUGGUGAAACGUCAGUGCUGCUCAACAGCAAAAAGCAAUAGGACAAAGUGAUAGCCAUAGCUAAAUUCAUGACCGCUAAACCACUUUAGCACUUUUCUCAAACAUUCACAUUUACAUCAACAUUUUUCAUCACUUUUCACUUAUAUUUGUUUUUUAAGACCAUUAGUUAUCUAACAUUUCUUAUAAUGUAGCCAUGGUACAUGCUCCAGUACAUGAUGCUGGGUAUCCCAGAGCAUUCACAAUGAAGAAAGUUUAGAGUUGCAUGAUCAGUAGUAAUCUCCAAAGUGUUUCAUUUAAUGAAUUUGUUAAUUUGCCAUAAAUGAGAUGGGCAACCGAAACAGUAUUUCUUUUUUCCACUGUCCUCUUAUUUUGUUAGCAGGUUGAUAUGCACAGUGAUAUAUAGUAUAGAGUUAUUUGGUUCAAGAAAAUGAAGAACAUUUUAAGUGGAAUGAGCUAGACAAAGCCACGUCCAUUAAAGCUGGGGUAGGCAAUUUAUUUCAGAAGCAUUUUUUGUUAUUUUUGUUGAACUUGUCUUUACAGCCCAACAAUAAUCAAUAAAUCAAAUGCUCUGACACAUAAGAAAUCUGGUAUCUGUGGCUUUCACAGGACUGUAAUAAGCACUGGCCUGCCUACCUACCUGCGUGCAAUCUGACCUUGCACUCACUGCGCAGGAAAUGUUUUUGGAGGAGUGGCUCUGAAGGGGGGUGGGGUUUCUUCAGUUGGAUACUUUCAAAAUCUAGCUGUCUGGCUAUUUCUCCAGCAUUCCCUACCCCAGUUUAAAGUAUUUCAAAACUGCUUUGCCACGGUCAGGUACUUUGAGACAAAAUAAUUAUUUGUUGUUUGUUUUGUUUUAGUGUUUGAUUCUAGUCAUAUUUGAUGAUGAAGUGUUCCCUCUUCGGGGUGGAUGUGAAGUUCGACAGAUAGUGAUUGUUGGUUCUCAUUUUUCAGCAGUUGAAAGAAGCUUUGAAGUGUUUCAUGUUUAUUUAUUCAGUCCAUACACUGCAACUCUUUUCCUUAUUUUUUUACAAGAAGAACAAGAGACUGUGUCCCGGGCCACACAUAUUGAAUGUGCGAAAAUGGUGAAGUUUUAUUUUGGUUUUCAGAAAUUUAGUUUGCCAGCUACUUCUUACGUGCCUUUAUUAUUAUAAAUGUGUAAAACUGGACAAGAGAUCUUCAAUUUCAAUUGCUUCUGCAAGAUUGAGAAGAAAAGGAGUUUACACCACUUGCAAUGUAACUGCUGUUCAUAGGGCAGAGAGUGAAUGUCAUGGGGUUUACAGAUGAAGUGUUUUUUUUUUUUAAACAUCUCCUGCUGUUUGUAUAGAGACAUUUGUUUUGAACGUUUUUAGACCAAAGGGAUCAGAAGAAAGCCUAAUUUCAACAAAUGAAUACUUUAAUGAAACACAUACGUUUAAUCAACAUUUAGUUGUUUUUGUCUUCGUGGGACAACGGUAGGGCUCUGUGCUUACUUAUAAUGUGGGAACUGGCUCAGAUGUGCAUGUAAUUGAUCCCUGGACAAAUAUAUUGAUAAAUCUGGAUCAUUUUUAUUUUUUUCAUCAUCAGUUAUGUCCUCUUUUGGAAGGUAUUUGUUAAUUUCAAUAAAUGUUUCACCAUUAAA